UGGAACAAGUUUUAACAAGCUAGUGUCCUUCAUAAAUAUCUUAUACAGUAUGGAGAACAAUGGGCAAGGGAGUGCAAUGGAAGGCAGACCGACAGAUGAAUUUGAUGCUGACGAUUUAGAAGCAGAUAAUGCCAUGAUGCAAACAAGUGAGGGCCUCAUGUCGAUUGUUCGACGGGACUGUGUCAGCCCCGAACUAAGCACAGAGAGGAGGAGAAUGAUGGAAUUCAUACCCGACGACACUUCUAACCUGUUUCAGCCAGUUCGGACAUUGAAUUUUUCUGAUACAGAUGUCACACAUGAUGAUGAUAGUAUAACGCAAGAUGAGGGCAAUCAAAAUGGUGGCAGUCAGUUUGAAGAAGUUCACGAUGAACCAGGCUCAACAACAACAGGCUCUAAUUUGAUAGAUUUAGAAUGGAUGGAAGAAGGAAAUGAGAAUCAAAACAUGAGGAUCAUCGAAGGGCACGAUUCCUCGCCACUAGAAGUCGUCAGGUCAAGUGUAAUGGUCAGCUAUGUUGGAGUAUCCCAGCAACACAUGUCACCCAGUGGACACGGGUCUGUGAUGUCACAGUCACCACUGCCGCCUCAGUCCCGGCAAGACCAGUCAUUAUCUCAGACCUCCCAGCAGUUUAAUCAAUCACUGGUCUCGCAGACGGCCUUUUCGCCAUUGAAAGAAGACAUGAAUAUGUCAGGAAGGGGAUCGCCUACCUUGUCCGACAGUCUGGACGAGCGAGAUGCUGAAAAUGGCCAAUAUGGAGGCAGGCGACCUCAAAGAGAUGCCGAUGUCCACCAUUAUCCCUCCUUUUCUGGGACUGGGCCACCGAUGAGUGUUGGACACGAUUACCAUGGUAAUGAUGGUAUGCACCGAAAUGUCACUGUCAACAUUCCUUAUUCCAGCCAUCAGCAGUCUUUUGAUGAACGUGCUCUGGUUAAUUCAAAUAACAACAAAGAAAAUGUGUCACCAAGGGUUAACAUAUCUCCUAGCUUCACUUCGAAUAUAUCAACAGCAAAUCAGGGCCCAAGAUCUGAUCAAGAGUUUGACCGCUCACAGCAGCUGCAGGAAUUCGAUAACCCCGAGGUGCAGGUGAUUGCCGGGGGUUUGGCAACAUGGGAGGAUGCCGGAAAUGAUGCUGAAAAUAACGUGCAUGUCGGUUCCAACUCAUUGAUGAGAUGUGCAGUCGUGGGUCACAGUGUGGCACCAUCAACUCGGGGCGGGAGAUCUUCAGACUCGCAGCCGAGACUUGCAAGUCAGGGUAUGGCAGCACCGUGUCCACGACUGGUCCGGACAGAGCAGAGACAGGCCACACAUGGUUUAGCUGGUCAGACAGGCACAGGCCGGGGAAAUGCUGGUAGGCUGACUCACAACAGAGGCAUCCCGUCAAGAGGUGUCGGAAGAUCGAGACCCGUGGUACAGGGAGCUGGACAGCCCAGACCAGUUGUCCAGGGUUCGUCGGUGGCGGACGUAAAGAAAGUUCAAAAGAUUGGAACAGCAUCGAAUGCCUCGAGACCGAAUGUGAAUGACAGACGAGGUGUUGAACCCAUUGAUAGGAGUUUGGAUAGGAUUAGUGGCGUGGGCAGCGAACGACCUCAGACGAGGGCACAGAUAGGUGUGGGUGUGGCAGACAGUCGGUCAGAUUCAAGGACUCCCCCCAUACACAUGCAGACCAGUGUGACCAGCCCUCGAAUUCAGGCAGCGCUGAAUAAUAAUUCGCCAGUGGGUCAUGAACCUGUGAUUGGUUGCUUCAAGGUGUCGGCAGGUUUUAGGCAGGAUGAUGACAAUGAUGAUGAAUCCGUUGUGGAUUCUGUUCACACACACAUGGAUGCGAUGUCGAGUGCAAGCUACAAGCUGUCACCUAAACUGAAUGAGAUGUCACCGCCGAGUGUCAGUGUUGACAUCCAAGGAAUGGAGGAUGUACGGAGUCAUCUCAGAAAUAUGCUGCGUCUCUCAGAAAAUACUUUUGCAGAGAGGCCAACGUUUGACAUGGGUGACACAGCUUCUGAGUUGUUGAUGGAUCAGGCUUUCAAGAGACCUUUCAGCUCUCACAUUCAAGGCGAUGUCCCCGACCUGUUUGAAAGUUUUCCAAACUACUCGUCCACAAUGUUUCACGACCUGUCGGAAUCGGCCAUCUCCAAGCCUGACGCGUCCUUCCAACCCGACCGCUCGUACAUGAGGGAAGCACUGGAGAAAGAGCGUUACAGGCGAAAACACUGCGAACAACAAAUUCAUCACUUGAAUAUACGGUUACUGGAGGCCCAACAACAAUUGGCGGUGGCCGUAGCAACAGACAGGAAGAAGGACAACAUGAUAGAACAGCUUGACAAGCAACUGGCCAAGGUGGUUGAAGGAUGGAAGAAGAGAGAAAUGGAGAAGGACGAAUACUUGAAGCUGAUGCUGAGGGAAAAGUCUCAGAUUGAACAGUCUCUGCACCAGCAACAGGAGAUGAUUAACAGUUUCGAGAGUGACAUGGCUCACACUAUAGAUGAGUUGAAGAGAGAAAAGGAGAACUCAGCUCAGGCAAUCGAGAGUCUCAGACAACAGAUUGAUGAAAUCCUGCGUGAGAAGCUGCAUGCUGAAGAACAGCUGGAUGCGGAGAGAGAGCGAGGGAGUCUCAUCUCCCAGGAGUGGCAGCAGCUCAAGGAGGCGCGAGAGUUGGCCGAGAGUCGGGCACAGCAGCUGCAAGAGAGACUGCAUAAGGAGCAGGAUGAAUGGUACAAGCGAGAGCAGGAUCUCCUGUCGACCAUAGACGACGUGAAGGAAGCCAACCUCAAGGUUAUACAGAUGGAGAAGUCUCGAAGUGAUGAGUAUCAGUCUUUGGCAGCGGACAUGGAAGAAAGAUUACGUGAAACACAGACACAGAACAAGAAACUGGAGAUGGAUAUUGACGCGCUGGAAAGAGAAAAGGAGAGCAUCAAGGUAGAGAUAGCAAUCAUUGAAGCCAAGUAUGAAACAGCACAGAGGAAACUGGAAGCCGACCUACAUUCACAGAUGGAGAAAGAGAUAGCCGAGCAGGUGGCGCAGGUCCAGGAGAAGAUGGAUGAACUGACCAGUGAGCUGCAGGACAAACACCGCCAGCAGGUCAAGGAGAUCCACCAGCGCCACCAGGCCGACCUCGAAGAACACAUGCAGCUGUUCAGCGAGGAUGCCCGGAAGAAGGACGAUGACUAUCGACAGCAGAUUCAGAACUACGAGGAGAGACUGAAGGAAUACAGGAAUGAAAAUACAGCUUUGAAACAUGCCAAACAGAAGUUGGAGUCACAGAGAAUGGAGGUUUUGUCUAAGUUGCAGUACAUGAUGCAGUCACAGUGGAAUGAAGCAGUUUCUCUGCUUGUUAGCACACCUCAGAGAAACUCACAGGGAUCGCAGAUUGCAGCGCAGAUGAACCUCGGCAUCUUUGGAGCCCCGGAACCGAAGACGAGCAGUCCAAAAGAAGGGAGGUCACUCUUACAUACAGCUGAUACAAAGCGGAACACACAGCCAGAACACAGCCUGCGGUCUGUGAACGAAAUGGAGAGAUAUUUACAAAGCCUGCAUCUAGGAGAGACUGACGGUCCGGAUGUGAUACAGUCAGACAGCCAGGGAUUUGUAGUUUCUCAGGAUCCAGAUGCAUCUUUUGUGUCGGAGGUUUUGUCCGACUCCCCACCUCCAUUGCCAAUCCGCACUACGUAUGAGAAUUCGAGAUCCACUUCGCACGUACAAGAACAAACCAGCUUCAUGGAUCACUUCUUUACCAACCCAUCAGCACAGUUUCCAGUGGGCAUCCACGGUUACCUUGUCAAUCAAAUGUCAAAGAGUUUAGCCAAUCCGAAUGCAUCAGUCGAAAAUCCAGCCAGUGAGAGACAUGUAUUUCAGAGCAUGGCCAAUGAGAGGCAAGCAUUUCAAAGCACAGCCAAUGAGAGGCAAGCAUUUCAGAGCAUGGCCAAUGAGAGCCAAGCAUUUCAAAAUAUAGCCAAUGAGAGGCAAUCAUUUCAAAGUACAGCCAAUGAAAGGCAAGCAUUUCAAAGCACAGCCAAUGAGAGACAAGCCUUUCAGAACGUGGUCUCAAUGCCCAACCCAGCCGUGAUGAUUAGACCGCCCCAACAGCAGUCUCGACCAGUGAAAGGUGGUGGUCAGUCAGGAUUUAGUGCUUGUCCACCGUCUCCAAAGAAAGGAAGGCAUCGGGUGCGACAUCAGUCGGCAGAAGAUGAUCCAAGAUGGCAGGUGGAGCCCGAACAUGAUGAAAUAAAUGCUACAGACGCUGCACCGUACACAAACUCCCCCCACAGCUCAGCACAUCACUCCCCUCAGAACUCCCCCCGCCACCUGUCCCGCCACGGAAUGUCUCCGCCAGUAAAACAGACCCGACACUCACAGGAGGUGGAGAAUCACGCCGACGUGUUGGUCACCGAUGGUGGAGAAGACGUCGCUGAUGUAGUGAGACUAGACAAGGACUACAAUGAUAUAUCCCAGCGAGUGGCGGAGCACGAAUCUCGCCAGGAAGAACUGCAGCACUACAUCAAAAUGCUUCUCGAUCGACCCCCAGCUGCAGAACAAAAUCUUCCAGCAGGUUCGGAAAUACUUGAGUCAUCUCAAGAAGCCACAAGUGAGUUGGAUCUGAAUGACACGGCACAGGCAGCACUGCUGAAUCGUGAGCUGAAGAGGAUUCAAGAACUCCGCGAACGACUGAACCCAGCUGCAGAUGGAACCAGACCAGAAAGAGAGAAGCCCAAAUCCACUCAGCAUGGUUCUCAAAUGCAUGGAGUUCUGCCCCCUGAGCAGCUCUCUGAAAUAUCGCGUCUCCUGGACGAGUACCGCACACGAUGGGAGGCAUCACCAGGGCUGCAGGUUGAUGAUUCUGUCACACAAUUGUUGGACUUGUUACAGAACCUGCCGAACAGGCAUGUCACUUCAGCUGCUGAACAGAGGCAUACUUUUGUUCCAUUGUCCCCGAAAAGUAAAUCCAGAGUUCAGAUAAUCGGUGCAAAGAAGCCUGUCGCAGUUAAACAACCAUCCCAGCCAGCUGUUUCAAGGGCAGCAGCUGAUACGUCGAGACGGUCAGAAUCGGAAUCGGAGAAAAGCUACCCCGUUCCAGGUACAAGAAAGAUGGAAAGAAAAAUGACAAAGACAUCACAAAAGUCGAGACACUCUGCAUGGAAAUGACGUGACUGGGGUCAAUGUUAUUACCAUAUAAAGUGACAGUGUAUUGAUAUUUAAGACUUAUUUAUGGGAUGAAUUCUGUGAUACCAAAGUGAUAAAUGUAACAUGGAAUAAUUUAUACAAUUGUACAGUUUUUAGAAGCCGAGUUAAGUGGGGGAAAAAAAACAUGCUCAUGAAAAAAGAUGACAGAUUUUCCAGGCUAUUAAAUGAUGUGGCAAUUUGUACAAGCAGCCUCCAUAGAUUCUCCACCACCAUCAAAAAGAAAUA